CGAGAUCACCUCGCCAAUAUUACAAAUAAUCCGUUCAGUCGUUAGCUAGAAACUAAAUUUCUAAGUAAGCAAGGUUACAAAUAAUAUCAGUGAAAGAGUGUAAGUCUUUCUACCUGAAAUCGAGAUACAGUAUCGGCUACUGUAGGUACAUAACCUCAAAUAUUUUUUCAGUGCACAAACGUGAAAAUUCAAAGUGCUUAUAACCUAUAAUCAAGCGAACGAUCAUGGAUAGCAGAGACGACACAAUUAGGGUGAAACAAGAGCCGAACGAUACUUGGCCAGAUGCAGACAAAAAUUAUAUUUUCGAAUCGGUGGAGGAGAAAAAUCAUAUGAAUGGGUUGUUCCAGGAAAAGUUGGAUGAAAAAAUGCUCACAGAUUCUGAGCGCAAAGAUGUUAAACCUGAGCUGAAGUUUUUACCAAAUACCACCAACGAAACUAAGCAUCAACGUUACCUACCUAUUGUGAAAGUAGAAAAUAUAGAUCAAACAAAUGACAUAAAAGAAAAAAUAUUCAUAGACUUUGAGUGCAGAGAUGUUAAGCCUGCACUGGAGCCUUUACCGACAACCAUCUGCAAAAAUGAACAUCAAAGUUGCCUACCUACAGUAAAAAUAGAAAACCAAGUUUGUCACAAAUCAUUUGGACUAAAAGGUGACCUCGCACGUCAUGUCAAUGCAGUGCAUGAUCAGAAUAAACCCUUUGAAUGUGAUAUUUGUCAUAAUUCAUUUACUCAAAAAGGUAGCCUCAAAACUCAUAUUAAUUCAGUACACAAUGGACAUAAACCUUUUGAAUGUGAUGUUUGUCACAAAUCAUUUGGACAAAAACCAUAUCUCAAAGUUCACAGAAAUGCAGUUCAUAUUCGGAGCAAACCCUUUGAAUGUGAGAUAUGUCAAAAAUUAUUUGGAUACAAAAGUCAACUCAAUUCUCAUAUAAAUGCAGUUCACAAUCGAAGCAAGCCCUUUCAAUGUGAUAUUUGUCAUAAAUCAUUUGGACAAAAAAGUUACCUCAAAGUUCACAUAAAUGCAGUACAUGAUCGUAAUAAACCCGUCGAAUAUUUGUCACAAACCAUUUUGAUGAACGGAUUUCCGUAA